AUGCCCGAGCGUACUCCCAAGCGACUCGACGGCAAUGAAAACUUCAAGAGCGCCGAUACUUUUCAAGCCAUUGACUCAUCACCAAAUGCCCGGAAACGCAAACGAGAGAGAAUCGAGACUCAACAUCGUCCACUUUCCUCCCCACCCCAAACGAAUGCGCAACAGCGGGAUGGCAUACCCAUACAGAAGCCCAUCUCCAAUUUGACCCCUUGGAUCACUCCUCGAGCUCCUGAACAGUCUAACAUCUAUUCUGCAAGCGCAAAAAUAUCGUUUCAAUCGAAAAACGGCGAAAGCAAUGGCAACGCUCGCCAGCCGCCUUCCGCAAAAUCUGACAACAUUGCCAAUGGCAAGCCUUGCGGCAACCUCAAAGCUCGUGCAGAUGCUCUCCGGCCUCAACGAAGAGCCUUGCCUAUAUGGUCGCAUGAGUUAGCAAUACAGCGCGCUCUGCGCCAGAAAGACAUACUUAUCCUUGUGGGCGAAACUGGCAGCGGUAAGAGCACACAGGUACCUCAGAUGCUCCUGCAGGAGAGAUGGUUCCAGGCCAAAAGGACGAGUAAAGGUGACAAAGUGGGAGGCUGUAUAGCGAUAACGGAGCCCCGUCGUGUAGCGGCCACAAAUCUUGCAAGACGGGUGGCGGAGGAAAUGGGAACUACCGUUGGAGGGUCGAGGGGCAAGGUAGGAUAUGCUGUCCGCUUUGAUAGCGCUACUGGACCGGAGACCAUGAUCAAAUUCUUGACCGAGGGAAUGUUGCUACAGGAGAUGAUGAGGGAUCCGCAUCUGAAACAGUAUUCGGCUGUACUGGUUGAUGAGGUGCACGAGAGGGGGACAAACGUGGAUCUCGUGUUAGGGUUUUUGAAAAGAAUGACUGUCGAAAAGGAGGGGUUGAGGGAAAGGGGAGGCAUGGGACUCAAAGUAUGCGUCAUGAGCGCUACGGCGGAGGUGGAGAAAUUGGCAGAGUUCUUUACGCCAGAAGAGAAAACGAAUGUUCGUAACGGAAACCUCCUGGUAAACGGACCGCAUUCUACAAAUGGAGUCCACGUCACGGAUGAUGAGGCUUCCGAGUCUGAGUGGUCUGGUUUCUCUGAUGUUGAGGAUCCUACAGCGAGCAAGCAACCUCAACAGGUCAACGGGGUAGACAAAACCGAGCCCCAAUCACAGCUAUUCGAAAGUUCUACUGCACAUCCCUCAAAUGUCAAGAUCUGCUACAUCGAAGGGCGGCAGUACCCUAUCAGCAUUAACUACGCAUCAGAAGCCGUCAACGACAUCUCAGACGCCGCCCUCCGUACCAUCUUCCAGAUCCACCACUCCGAGCCAAUGCCAGGCGACAUCCUCGUCUUUCUCACAGGCCAAGAAGUCGUCGAAUCCCUGGAAAAUCUCAUCAACUCUUACGCCCCUUCACUCUCCAAAGACGUCCCCAAAAUAACCGUCUUACCGCUCUUCGCCGCCCUUCCCCCAGCAGCCCAACAGCUUGUCUUUCAGCCUGCCCCAAAAAAUCACCGAAAAGUCGUCCUUUCAACCAACAUCGCCGAAACCUCCGUGACCGUUUCGGGAGUCCGUUUCGUUAUUGACUGCGGUAAAGCGAAGCUCAAAUCUUUCCAGCAAUCUAUUGGUCUAGAUUCUCUCCUCGUAAAACCCAUCUCAAAAUCGGCCGCCAUCCAGCGCAAAGGCCGCGCUGGCCGUGAAGGUCCAGGGAAAUGCUACCGUCUCUACACUGAAGACACAUAUUUAUCCCUCGACCAGAACACCACCCCCGAGAUCCUCCGCAGCGACCUCAGCCACGCCAUCCUCACCAUGAAAGCCCGCGGCGUGGAGGACAUCACCACCUUCCCCCUCCUCUCCCCUCCUCCACGCAAAAGCCUCGAGAAAGCCCUCCUCCUCCUGCUUGAACUCGACGCUCUCUCCCCCUCCGGCUCCAUCACCAGCAUAGGGCACAAGAUGGCGCGUCUCCCCCUCUCGGCACCCUUAUCCCGCGCUCUCCUCGCCGCAGUAGAUCCUGCAUACGAUUGCCUCGAGGAGACGAUCGACAUCAUCGCCGCGCUGUCGGUGGAGAACCUCUUCCUCCAGCCUACCUCGGACGAAAAGCGCGAAGCCGCUGAGUCUGCGCGCGCGGAACUAGUGCGGAGGGAAGGCGAUCAUUUGACGCUGUUGGCGACGGUGCGGGCGUAUGCGGGGGAGGAAAGCGAUCGCAAGCGCUGGUGUGAAGGGCGGUGGAUCAGUCAUAGGGCUAUGAAGAGUGUGAUGGAUGUGAGGAAGCAGUUGCGCGCUCUCCAUCAUUUUCCUAAUGGGGAUAGUGUUAGAGGGUUGAUGGAUAGCAAGGGUAGAUGGGCCAAUGAGGCAAUGAUCAGAGGCGGAGUGAGCGCAGAGAAAGCGGAGAGGAUCCUCAAGGCUUUCUUGAUGGGGUUCAAGAUGAAUACCGCCCGCUUGAUGCCCGAUGGGCGGUACAGGACCAUGUCGCAGGGAAAUUCGGAUGUUGGGAUCCAUCCGAGCUCGACACUCUUUGGGAGACGGGUGGAGUGUAUUAUGUAUAACGAGUUCGUGUUCACGAACAAAGCAUAUGCGAGAGGGGUCAGCGCCGUGCAGAUGGAUUGGGUCGGGGAGGUAUUUAGUGCUCAGGGGCAUGAAGAGGAGGAAAGAGGUGGUGAUGGUGGUGGAUGA